UGUGGCAUUGACAGGUAACUAGGAAAACAGAAAUCCCAUUUUAUAAUCUCACCGUCCACCCUCCGUUGGAGUUUUACUGCUCUACAAACAGACGGAUCAACAUGGACGUCGGAUUUCGCCACCCUGUUCUUCUUUGCCUAAUCCUAGCGGUUUUGGGCUUGGUUCUGGCCGAUUUGGAUGGCCCUUUGAUGGGGGCACCCGGGUCUGCCGCCCGUUUGUCGGAAAACGACCCAGGUCUAAAGAAAGCACUGAAGUUUGCAGAAGAGCGCUAUAACAAGGGGUCCAAUGCGAUGCACGUUCGCAGAGUUAGCAAGAUCCUCUCUGCCAGUAAACAGCUGGUGAAGGGUAUCCGAUACAGCCUCAUGGUGGAACUAAGUAACACCCAGUGUAAAAAGGCUGCCAGACUGAGGGUCUGUGACUUCUACCCAGAAGAACACAACCUAAAGACAGAGGUAUGUGUGUUUGAGGUCUGGGACAUUCCCUGGGAGAGCAAGUCCACCCUUCUCAAACAGAAGUGCCAGCCAGCAGUUGAUCCCAAACCAGUUGAGACCAACAAAGUUGAAUUUCUGCCCCUCUCCACCAAACCAGUUGAGACCAACAAAGUUGAAUUUCUACCCCUCUCCACCAAACCAGUUGAGGAGUCAGUGGAUUCUGUGGAGCUUCUGGGUCAGUUCAAAGAGUUUAUGGUCAGAUACAAUAGGACUUACAGCAGCCAAGAGGAGGCUGACCGGCGGCUGCGUGUCUUCCAUGAGAACUUGAAGACUGCUGAGAAGCUCCAGUCUCUGGACCAGGGCACAGCCGAGUACGGGGUCACCAAGUUCAGCGACCUCACAGAGGAGGAGUUUAGGACUCUGUACCUGAACCCCCUGCUGAGCCAGCAGAACCUCCAGCGGUCCAUGAAGCCUGCAGCCAUGCCCCACGGCCCCGCCCCGCCCAGCUGGGACUGGAGAGAGCAUGGAGCUGUCAGCCCCGUCAAGAACCAGGGCAUGUGUGGUUCUUGCUGGGCAUUCUCGGUGACAGGCAACAUUGAGGGCCAGUGGUUCGCGAAAACUGGCAAACUAGUGUCUCUCUCUGAGCAAGAGCUGGUGGACUGUGAUACAGUGGACCAGGCCUGUGGGGGCGGGCUUCCAUCAAAUGCGUAUGAAGCUAUCGAGAAGCUGGGUGGUCUGGAGACAGAGACUGACUACAGCUACACCGGCAAGAAGCAGAGCUGUGACUUCACCACCGACAAAGUCACCGCCUACAUCAACAGCUCUGUGGAGCUGUCCAAGGAUGAGAACGAAAUCGCUGCUUGGCUGGCUGAGAACGGACCAGUAUCUGUGGCUCUGAACGCAUUCGCAAUGCAGUUCUACAGGAAGGGCGUGUCCCACCCUCUGAAGAUAUUCUGCAACCCCUGGAUGAUUGACCAUGCAGUGCUGCUCGUGGGCUACGGAGAACGUCAAGGCAAACCUUUCUGGGCCAUCAAGAACAGCUGGGGAGAGGACUAUGGAGAACAGGGUUACUACUACCUGUACAGGGGAUCCAGGCUCUGUGGGAUCAACAAGAUGUGCUCGUCUGCCAUUGUGAACUAGGCGAUCUCUCUCUCUCUCUCUCUCACUCACACACACACACACACACACACACACACACACACACACACACACACACACACACACACACACACACACACACACACACAUAUAUAUAUAUUAUUUGAUGCCAAUCUUUUCCUGGCACAUAAAACAAACCCAACCCAACCCUCCCCCAAACAUGUACACACACACC